AUGACGACCAGUCAAAUACGAAAGAACUCCAAGCUCAAUAUUGCUCAACCAGACCUCAAUUUGAAUGAGUUGCUGAAAUCCAUCGAUUCCGCCAUUGAGGAAAACAUCAACACUUCACUUGUGCUGAAAUCAACCAAGAAGAACAAGUUAGAUGUUUCAUCACCAGUACGUUCCGGAUCAAGAAGUAAAAUUACCAACUUAUCUCCGAACCAUCGAUUAACCUCAAGUGCCGUACUUUCAACCACAUCGCCAGUCACCACCACCACCACCACCACCUACUCUUCACCUCAUAAACUGUCCUCCAGGACUAUUCCUAGUGUCACCACUCAUUUGAAAGCACCAUCCACCACUACAGCCACCCUCAAAACUUCUCCUAGUCAUCAUCAUCAACAGUCCAUUGUUCCUUCUGAAACUCACUUUGUUGUACAACACUCAUCAUCCUCUCAACAACCUUCAUUGCCACUUAAAAGUUCCUUCUCAAAGAAAGCCAAUCGAAAUUUAUAUGAUGAAUUUAGUUCUGCAACUAGUUCAAGCGAAGGGGAAGAACAUUCCUAUUCUUCUUCUUCCUCGUUUAAGAAGAAAGUGAGUGUGAUCUCUCCGAAAACCACUUCAUCCUUAUCACGUCUACCAUUGUCAACCCUAUCCAACAGCAAAUUGAAUUCAUCCAGGCUCUCAGUUAAAGAUUUGAAAGAUUCAAGUACGAGUAGCUCAGAUUCUGAUGUCAAGCCAUCAAAAAAACAAGACAUUUCGAAAUUAUUUGAAAAUGGCCACAAGGCACUCAAUAUUUUGCAAUCGGUACACGAAAAUAUGAAAUUAACCAUUCCUAAAGAUUUGAGAAAAGACAUUAGAGACAAAUCACAAAACUUUAAGUCAGACUGUACUCGAGUACUCUCUCAAAUUGAUGGACUAUUAAAUAAGGUGAAAGCGUUGAACCAUGCUGCCUCAUCUCCCACGUCAUUAACCAAUUCUCCAAACAAAUUCCAUGUGGAAGAGAGAAUUGAUGAAGAGGUUAGUAGUACUACCUCUGGAGGUUUGGAACAAGAUGAAUUUUGCAAUUAUUAA